UUAAUAAAGGCUAACGGUGUAACGAUAAGAAAGGAAUAUAAAAAUGGCAUUAUUGGAACAUAACUGAGCUGGUCCAGUCAUAGCCACUGCGGCGUUACUGUGAAAUAUUUUUCAUAAAAAUGGCUGCUGGUUUACCUCGGAGAAUAAUUAAGGAAACUCAGCGGCUUAUGGCUGAACCUGUUCCGGGUAUCUCAGCCGUCCCAGAUGAAACGAAUGCCAGAUACUUUCAUGUAGUGGUAGCAGGUCCAGAAGGGUCACCAUUUGAGGGUGGCGUGUUUAAAUUAGAGCUGUUCCUGCCAGAAGAGUAUCCAAUGAGUGCUCCAAAAGUCAGGUUCAUGACGAAAAUUUACCAUCCCAACAUUGAUAAAUUAGGAAGAAUUUGUCUAGAUAUCCUUAAAGAUAAGUGGAGUCCAGCACUGCAGAUUCGUACAGUGUUGCUGUCGAUUCAAGCACUUCUUUCAGCACCCAACCCAGAUGAUCCACUAGCUAAUGAUGUUGCUGAACUUUGGAAGGUGAACGAAUCCGAGGCGAUUCGUAUUGCACGGGAAUGGACGCGCACUUACGCCAUGGGCAACUAGUGCUUGCCUUUAUAUAAAUUUUUAUUGAAAGGAUAUAACUUCUCAGGAUCAACAGCACAUUAUGUUGAUGAAAGAGUGCAGUCCUUAGUCAAAACAAAAGGUACCAACAUCAACAUGAGCCGCCAAAACACGUGGAUCGCCAUCCGCUACAAAUGAGGGUUAGCUGCUGUUAACAGUCCUUACUGAUAAGUAUUACCCUUGGCUGUUUUCUACUCCAGUUGUAGGCCAGCAGAUGUGUGGAGUACUGGGUGACCUUGGUGGCCCUACAGGUUAUAUCUGUGGAUCAUAUGUUGGCUUGCUGCCAGUUGACUAAGAAUUUUAUCCCUUGAAAAAAAAAAAUUGUUUUUGGCCACGACAUUUUUUUCUUGUACAUUUGUUCUAGUCUCUUGUUAUUUGGAUAUUUCUUAAAGUUGAAGAUUAGAGCAGAACCAUCUGCCACUUCAAAUUAACACGAAUUCCAAUAAACACGAGUUUUGUGUGAUUUUUCAAGGUGAUCAUUUGUAAGUAUUUUCAUUUGUCCCUGUCUUGGAUUCAGUGAUUUUUUUUUCUUGGGUGGGGGGGGGGGGGGGAGGUCACAUCUUGAGAAAAGGUAUCAUGUUGUUUGGCCCUGUAUCUACAGUGCCUUUUUGUCUGUUUUUAUCUCCACUGCAAGGCUUUUUAAAUGUUAGGAUUUAUUUCUUACGCUUAAUGGAAAAAGAAGUCGAGCAACUGCAGCACAGGGCCAGAGAACAUUCUGAGCAUCACAGCAACAUGUAUAGCUGUAUUUUUGUGGGUAACAUGUUUGUUCCUCAAAGAAAUUUAUUCUGAUAUAUCAUAUUUGAUCAGAGAAACUUGUACAAUUUUUUGUGCUGUGUGUCCCAAAAAAUGAAAGACAACAAUUAUAUUGUCAACCUUGUAUGCUGAGUGUAAGUAGAUCUCACAAGUACGGGUUCAGUAAGUGUUUACUAAACAGAAUUCUGUAGUAAAUUUUUUUUUUUUUUUAAUCAGAUUUUUCUCUUGAUGCAAAACCAUCUUCAAUUUAGGUAUAAUGAACUGUAAAAAGUGUUUGAAAUAUAUUCAAUUGGUGAUCCCAUGCUUUUUUUUUAGCAUUAAGCGUAAAAUAUAUACAUUGUAUAUACAGUAUAUAUAUAUAUGUGUGUGUGUGUGUGAAAGUUAAUGCUUUAGGAUUGUUUCUGGAAUGGUGAAUGCAGUACAAGGUUACAGUGGGGUAAUAACUAAUGGAAAUAGUAUAAGACUGGUGAGGAUCAUGACAGCAUAGCUUUUGAAAUGGUGCAUAGAAUUACUAAAUUACUUGUCUAUAUAGUGAAUGUUUUUGGGACACAACAGUACACUGUGGUAUCUACAGAAAUACUGCUUUAGUACCAUGUAAUCAAUGUCCUAUGUAAAUGACUCAUUCCACAUAGUGUGUAUUAUUUGAUAGGCCUUAUGAUGAGAGAGUAAUCUUGCAUUACUUUUUCUGUCACCCCUAUUUCCAUAAAUAUGCCUGUAUUAAUGCUUGCAAGAAGAAAUGGAAAAAUUGGCAAUAAGAUUCAAUCUCAAAGUGAAAUUUUGUAUGCUGCUUUAGAGUAAAGACUAAUAAACUA